AUGGCUAUGGCACUAUCGCAUCACUCUUCGAAUCCGCUCGAGGUCCCGUCGUCCGACGCGCGGAACGCGACAUACAAGAGCUCUUAUAGGAAAGCUAAUGCUAAACGAGGCGUGGUGGACUCGGAUGCCCCCGUCAUUCGAGCUCCUGUGACUAAUCAACCGAAACCCCAACCACCACGAAUGGUCGACCUGGACGAGAGCGAAGAGGAGGAAGAUAUGGAGGCAGAAGAUGCGGAGCCAGAGGCAGAAGUAGAGGCAGAAGCAGAAGCAGAAGCAGAGGAGGAAGACCUGGGUGGUUUCGGAGCUCCUGGUGACGAGAAGAUGGAGGAGUGCGAAGAGCAAGACGACGAGAGCCAAUCUGGAGACGACGACGAGGACUCCGACCCUGACUCCGAUUCUUCCUCUAUCGACGAAGAACUCUCCAUCCAUCUUAAACCCCCAGAAGAACGGGCUAAUAUCCGUCAAGAAAUUGAUGACCUUCAUGCAGCCAUGCCUCGCCUCUCAAACGACUACAAGAUCGUAGACAGAUUGGGAACCGGUACGUUCUCGUCAGUGUACAAGGCGAUCGACCUCCACUAUCAUGAGAAGUGGCACAAUAAGCCGUGGCAUGCCAGGCAUCCUGUAGAGUCGUCAGCCCACUAUCAAAGUGUGGCGCAUCCGGAGGAUGCGAAGGUCUUUGUGGCGAUCAAGAGGAUCUACGUGACGAGCAAUCCGGAGAGGAUUCGGAAUGAAAUUUCGAUCUUGGAGGAUUGUAGAGGCACAAGGCAUGUCUCGCAGAUCAUCACGGCGUUCAGACAUGAGGACCAGGUCGUCGCUGUUAUGCCUUACCAUCGGAACGCAGACUUUCGGGACUUUUUCAAAGUACUACCGUUAGAAGGCGUCAAAGCGUAUUUUCGCUGCAUGUUCCGUGCCUUGCGUGACAUACACUCGAGACGUAUAAUACAUCGAGACGUUAAGCCAGCAAACUUCCUGUUCGAUCCCGAGACUGGCGUAGGGACCCUAUGUGAUUUUGGCCUGGCAUGCCGAAUGCCAUCUAGUACGAAUCAGACAUAUGGUGUCUGUCUUCAUGGACCUCCGUCUCCAGAACACCCACACGGUAAACUACCCGAAUUUCGCCGUGAUGUGCGUGAUAAAAUCAAAGAGGGACAACUUGAUGCGAGGCAGAGGAGUAAAUGGCCCGCAGACAGAGUGGGAUAUCCAGACAAAGACAAUCGGCCACACUCUAAAGCCAAUCGAGCAGGGACGCGAGGCUUCCGCGCUCCUGAAGUCCUCUUCAAGUGUGGCGAGCAAACGGGUGCUAUCGACGUAUGGUCUGCAGGCAUGAUCCUGCUCUUCUUCCUCACCGGGAAGUUCCCCAUUUUCCAAUCCCAGGACGAUAUGGAAGCCUUAGUAGAAAUCGCCACUAUCAUUGGUUACAAGCAAAUGGAGAAGGUCGCAACAUUACACAGCCGGACUUUCAUCACCAAUCUUCCAACGAUCAAGAGAGACGGCAUGCCUUGGCAAGAUUUUGUUGAGCGUCAGACUCCCGACCUACGCAUCCCACGUCCUGCCGAUCCUCGCUUCUAUCCAUAUCACUCGCGUUCUGAGCCUGCUGUGACACGUAUACCUAUAGCACCUUCCCAUCAAAACUUUUCUUCCUCACAAUCUAGUCACGACCGCAACAAUGACAGUCGUCCCCCUCGGACGUUAACUUCUCCAUCGACUGCCACAACGUCUUCAUCGAGGCAGCUCCAAGUACCCAUGUCCGCACCCCCAUCCACCUCCUCGCGCCGUCUGCCACGAACAUUAAACAAGACCGUCACCGUCUCAUCGCCACCUCCUCCCUCAGCCAACUCACGGUCACGUCAGCCGCAUAAUGCCGUUGCUUCAUCGUCGCGUGCUCCCUCGUCCUCACCAUCGAUAGACCCAGAACAAGCAGCGUACGAGGAUGAUAUAGACAACGCGUUGGAUCUGUUGAAGAAACUUAUGAAUCCGGAUUCGACGAAGAGGAUCACCCCGAGGGAUGCGCUUUAUCAUCCGUUCUUGAGGGAGUAUCGAUACAUUCCGACGCAGUCCGAAUUACAUUCUGGAGCGCCGAGCUCUUCGUUACCUUCAUCUGUUGCUACGGCUAGCCCUGCUACUGUUACUGCCAAUGUGGCCUCUGGGCGUAGGGGUCGUGGGGCGGCAAGUAGGCGUGAGGAGGAUUCAGAGGGUGAAGGUGAAGAGAAUGAAGAGGGUGGAGAUGAUGAAGAGGGAGGGGUCGAAGGAACAUGGCACGCCAUCAGCGACGAUGAAUUCUUUCCUCAUCCACCCGGCGAAGGCGUUUGUGCCGCGUGGCACUUCGAGGACGAAGAUACAGGGAGUCUUUAUGUCAAGAUCAGAGUGCCUGCUCCACCUUCUUCUGUUGGUUCUGGGUCUUCUUCCUCUCGGACUGGGCUAAGUAGAAAGGGUAGGAAAAGGAUGCGUGGGGAUGGGGAUGAGGAUGGAGAAGCGGACGACGUAGAGUUGAGGAGGACGGAGACCAAGAUGAAGAGAUUGGAUGCAGGAGAGGGUAUGGCGAUUGGGAGGAUGCCUUGUGAGUAUCAUAGGAAUCUGCCGGAGUUUUCUCGUGGGGUUGGGGUUUCUUAGCUGUGUGGCGUACCCUCUUCGAUGCGCUAGAUGAAGCAGGUAUCCUAUAGAUGGUGUGGUCAUCGGCAUAGUGGACAAUAGGAUUUCUACGCAGCAUCCAUUCCGACUCUCGUACAUAGCAUUCAUUUCUCGGCUUUUUUUACAAUUGUAAAAGUAGUGCGGCAUCCAA